AUGGUUUCCGCUACACCCAAGCAACGAAAGAUUGCUAUCGUUGGCAGUCGCUCUGUCGGCAAAUCUUCGCUCACUGUUCAGUUCGUCGACGGUCACUUUGUCGAGAGCUACUAUCCCACUAUUGAGAAUACGUUCAGCAAGGUCAUUAAGUACAAGAACCAAGAGUACGCCACUGAGAUCGUCGACACAGCUGGUCAGGAUGAGUACUCGAUCUUGAACUCCAAGCACUUCAUUGGUAUCCAUGGCUACGUUCUCGUCUACUCGGUUGCUUCCACUCAAUCUUUCGAAAUGGUUCAGGUCAUCCGCGACAAGAUCUUAAACCACCUCGGAAUUGACUGGGUACCCGUUGUCCUCGUUGGUAACAAGAGCGAUCUCCGUCCCGAUCAACGCCAGGUAUCGGUUGAGCAAGGCAAGGCUUUGGCCGAGAAGUUCAAUUGCGCCUACACCGAAGCCAGUGCUCGCUACAAUGAGAACGUCGGCAAGGCUUUCGAGUUGAUGAUCGGUCAAAUUGAGAAGCUUACCAACCCAAACGAGCCUGCUGAUGGAAACAAGUGCAUGGUCAUGUAG